UUGGAGGCCAGCCGGCGCGCGCGCAGGUAGUUCAGCCCCGAGUGGCGCCGCACAUCCGAUCUCUCGCUCGCACCACGUGGUGGGGCGGCUGCGCGGAGGCGCGGGCAUGUUCGAAGCCCUGUGCUACAUUUUUAUUAGUUUGUAACCGUUCUUUGACUCAGCACCACAGCUUUUUCCUUGCGUACUGUUUAUCAAUAACAUUUCGGUAAAUAAAGUUCAACAGAUGAGUGACGAGGCGGUGAAGCUUUUUGAAGCUCAUGCGCGCUUUGGCGCCAUUCGGCUCGGGCAUGGCGAGCCGAAAGCUGAUUAAAGUUGCCGCGAUAAUCGCUUUCUUGUAUUGCACCCUUUUGGUGUAUCAGGGCGGUGUCUCUAACUUUCAAGAACCUCGAGUGCAAGUGCAGGAACUGACUAUAGUCCCAGUGACUAAAUCUAGUGUUAAUGACAGUGAUACGUCAAAAAACAUAACAUUGGAUGAUUUGUUUAUAAGUGUUAAAACUACAAAACAUUAUGAAAACACAAGGCUGCCUAUAAUAUUGAAGACAUGGUUUCAAUUGGCAAAAAACCAGACAUGGUUUUUCACCGACGGAGAAAACCAAGCUCAUCAAAACCAAACAAACGGCCACAUGGUGAACACGAAAUGCUCUGCAUCUCACUCCAGAAAUGCACUUUGCUGCAAAAUGGCGGUAGAAUACGACCGCUACUUAGAAAGUAACAAAAAAUGGUUUUGCCACUUUGACGACGACAACUACGUAAACGUACCACGUCUAGUCGAAGUCCUCCAAAGGUACGAUUACAAAGAGGACUGGUACCUCGGCCGGACCUCGGUCUACAAGCCAGUGCGGAUCUACCAGAAGUCCAAGAAGAGCAAAAAGACGAAGUUAAAAUAUUCGUUUUGGUUCGGCACGGGCGGUGCUGGAGUAUGCUUGAGCCGAAGUUUGGCUUUGAAAAUGUUACCUUUUGCGAGUGGUGGGCGGUUCAUCAGUUUUUGUGAUAACGUUCGGUUUCCUGACGACGUAUCCCUUGGAUAUCUUAUAGAAAACAUAAUGCAUAUAAAUCUGACGGUGAUACCCGAGUUUCACUCCCAUUUGGAGCAAAUGAAGCUCUUGGACACUGAGAAGUUGAAGGAGCAAGUGUCCUUCGGUUACAGCAGAACUAAGAACGAGUGGAACGUAGUGAACGUGCCGGGCUUCGACACGUUGUAUGAUCCUACUAGGUUCCUGUCUCUGCAUUGUUUCCUGUUCCCGCAUUUCAAGUUCUGUCCGAGAUAGCCAACGUGUUACACCUGAGUGGAAAGCUAGUUUAUCUAAUUUAUCUCUGGUUGCCGAAAUAGUUUUAAAUUUAUUUUUGUUUUCUUUUUGUGUAUGACUUGAAUUUAACAUAUCCCAAGUAAUUAUUAAGAUUUUUUUAUGUUAUUAAAAAUAUUUUAUUUUAUUAUCAGGGCAUUUAAAUCGAUUUUAGAGAUGAAGCGUUUCUAAAUUUCUUUUUUUAUUUAUCAUUAUAAUAUUUUGUUAAUAAUAACUAAUAUAUUUAACUUGCUUUAAUUAGAAAAAACCCAAUACAAUAAUCUUGUUUAAAAUUAAUCAUAACUUUUACAUAAAUGUUAUGAUUUGUGAAAGUGCAAUUGAUAAAAAAUAAAACAAAUGUCACUGAAAUCCGCACAUCCAUUUUGUGAAUAAUCUUGUUUUCUCUUUGUUUAAUAGCUUUUAUUUCCAAACAUAUAUAACUGGUAUAAUAAUUUAUAAAAUGUAAAAUAACUUGUUUCUCAUUUUUCUGUGAAACAUUAUUAUAAGUUGCUUAUCACUGAGCCGAUCACACUCAUACUCGUAAAUGUUACAUAAUCUAUCAUAGUUCUACAGCAAAAAAUCAAUAACUUUUGAAAAUUUAUUAUAAACUUUUGAUCAUGUAAGGAGGAGGUACAUAAUUCAAUGUAGUUACUGCGCCUAUUUUAAGCGUGUCUGAACUAUAUUUGUCAAUAUGACCUCGCUGUUUAAAAAAAUCCAGGAAUUAUUUUUAAGAAUAUAAAUGUCAGGAAUUCAAAACCUUCAUGGGUGAUAUAAUAAUUGUUGUCUUUAAGAAAAGUCUGUGAUAUUAGCUGAUAAUUUGUAAGUAGACGCAAAAUGUGCUAUUAAAAUGUUAUUUAAAAUCUCUCUCAAGUCAUGUUAUGAUAUUGUUUAUAAAAUAAUUAUUUGUUUAUAAAAUAAACAAUUUCAGAAUUACAAUA